AUGUGGACAGACAGCGGCUCGAUAACACCACUGCACGAUCGUCAACAGCGGCUCCACUCGAAUGGUAGCUUGUUGAUGUGCGUGUUAACGAGCAUGAACGGCGGCGUGGUCACACAACGGAAUCAGCGGCGAAGGCUCGGCUUUGAACAGCGGCUUCCCGGCGAUGAGUGGAAACAACUGCUAGACGACGGCAAACUGAACACUGCGGGGAAAGACUCUGCGUGGUCAAAGGCUUCACAGCAGUACGAAGGGAACUUGGAGAGACGACUGCUGUUCCAUUUCGUAUAG